CAGUGCGCAGCUCUGGCCGCCAGGGGGCGCCUCGGCCGCCCUUCUUUGUGUUCGGCUCUGCUCCCUGCAGAGGAAGAGGAGGAUGAAGAUGCGGUGAAAACAAAGAGAACCCUGCAGGUUCGGCUCUGGUUCGGAACCGGAGGAUCGGAGCACAUUGCGGCUGGAGCGGAGCAGCUGGACCGCCGAACCUUGUCAUGUCUGAGGAGGCAGCAGGAGCCGAACCGGGUCCGGAGGAGGAGGAACGGGGAAGAGGAGGAGAGGUUGCCAUGGAAACGCCCAGCGCUCCGGUUUACUGCGUGUGUCGGAAACCAGAUAUCAACUGCUUCAUGAUAGGCUGCGACAGCUGCACGGAGUGGUUCCACGGUCAGUGCGUCGGCGUGUCGGAAAAAGCAGCCAAAGCCAUUCGAGUUUGGUUCUGCCCAUCCUGCAGAGACAGAGACUCGUCUCUGGAGAUCAAAUACCGUCAGAAAAAGUGCAAGGAGUCGGAGCCUGAGAGGGACGACAGACCGGAUGACGAGCGAAGCUCCACCCUCCAGGCCAGGAUCGACCGGCGGCGGGGUUCUCAGAUCAAGCGCUCGGCCCGGAUGUGCGGCGAAUGCGACGCCUGCCUGAGGACGGAGGACUGCGCUCAGUGUGACUUCUGCAAAGACAUGAAGAAGUUCGGUGGUCCGAACAAGAUCCGGCAGAAAUGCCGCCUCCGGCAGUGCGAGGUCCGAGCUCGGAAGAUGCUUCGAGUUCGAGACGAGGAGAUGAGUUGGAGUGGCAGCAGGGGGCGGGGCCUGUCCACAAAGGGGGCGGGGCAUCUUUCAGAAGAUGAUGAAGAAGAGGACGAGGAUGAGGAAGGUUUCAGUGAGAGCGAGCUGGAGCUGUACCAGCAGUACAAAGCGGCUGGAUUCAGAGACCUGGUGUGGCACAGUGAGGAGGAAGAUGAUGCUCAGUCAGACUCUCUGAGGAAGAAGGCGGUGAAGGUGAAACACGUGAAGAGACGAGACAAGAAACCGGAGAAAAAGAAGUCCGUUUCUGUUCCCAAAGAGGAGGCGAAACCUCGGCGCCACAAGGUGAAGCAGCGCCACAGGGAGCGCGUGCGGCACAGCGAGCGCGCAGGAGAGGGCGGGGCUAAAGAGGCGGGCGGGGCUUUGAGGCAGUGUCUGGGUCCGGGCUGCGUUGAACCGGCAAGAAGCGGCUCCAAGUACUGCUCAGAGGACUGCGGCAUGAAACUGGCAGCCAACCGGAUCUAUGAGAUCCUCCCCCAGAGGAUCCAGCAGUGGCAGCAGAGUCCCUGCGUCGCCGAGGAGAUGGGGCGGAGACAGCUGGAGCGAAUCAGGAAGGAGCAGCAGGCCGCCAGGCUCCGCCUCACGCUGAUGGAGAAACGUUUCCAUGAACUGGAAACCAUCAUCGCCAAUGCCAAGCAGCAGCAGGUCCAACAAGAUGAGGAGGUUGCUGAGGGAGACGGGGACGACACAGACCUGCAGAUCUUCUGUGUGUCCUGCAGCCACCCCGUCAACCCCAAGGUGGCGCUGCGACACAUGGAGAGGUGCUAUGCUAAGUACGAGAGCCAGACCUCGUUUGGCUCCAUGUAUCCGACUCGCAUUGAAGGGGCCACCCGGCUGUUCUGUGAUGUCUACAACCCUCAGAGCAAGACAUACUGCAAGCGGCUGCAGGUUCUGUGUCCAGAACAUUCCAGAGAUCCCAAGGUCCCAGCAGAUGAGGUGUGUGGAUGUCCUCUGGUCAAAGACGUCUUCGAGCCCACUGGAGAGUUCUGCCGGGUCUCUAAGAGGAAGUGCAACAAGCACUACUGCUGGGAGAAGCUGCGGAGGGCCGAGGUCGACCUGGAGCGAGUCCGAGUGUGGUACAAGCUGGACGAACUGUUUGAGCAGGAGAGGAACCUGAGGACGGCGAUGACCAACCGGGCUGGGCUGCUGGCGCUGAUGCUGCACCAGACCAUCCAGCAUGACCCAAUCACCACCGACCUGCGCUCUGCCAAGGACAGGUAGACGGCAGGACCGAUGGACAUCUGGACCGUUGGCCUGUGUCCUGGAGCAGUCCUGUCAGCAGCCAGGCUUCACUUCAAGAACCAAACAAACAGAACUGACCCAGAUACGGGAUCAAUCCAGAAUCGGCAGGCAGACGGUUCUGGAUUAACUCACAGAUCCAGAGGUUCUUGUCUGGGGAAGUGGGACUAACUGGUUCUGGAGAUACGAACCAAUCCCAGCCCACAAACUGCAGCUUGCACAGAACCGGUUCUGGUGCCGACAGAAAGAUUUUUACUACAUUUUCACAGAAAAUUUAAUUUCUUGGAUCAAGCUGAUGUGACACUCAAUGUUCUGGGUCGGUAUCGACCCGCAGCGACCCAUUAGAACCGGUCUGCAUUAGAAUUUUCAAUCUGUGGGACAAUAAAGGUCGUUUCCAUUCUGUCACCGUCCAGCAGGGGGCGAUCAGCGCUAUUGGGUUGCAGUCUGAAUGGAUCGGGUCAGAAUCCAGAACCUGCAGGUGCUCCUUGUUUAUUCCCGUCUCAGCUGCUGUGUAACCAUGACAACAGCCACUUGGUGAAUAAAACGUCAUAAAGUCGAAAACA